UUUUUGGAAAAGGUAUCAUCCGUUAUAUCAACGGCACAGGGCACAGAAAAGUCCAAAAAGACUUGGACUUGGCAUCUUUUGAUCUUGAUGAAGGUGGCAAAGACCUUGUGUUUGCUUUGGCUCGUCUCAAGGCAAAUACAGGAAACAUGACCGUCAUGGUAGAUACCCCCAAGGGGAAAGCUCCCGAAGAGUUAUCACCAAUCCUCAACACUAAUACCGAGUCCCCACAGCCGACUAAUACACAAGCAUCACCCAACCCCAACCCAAAAGCCACCACAACUAGUUCUAGUCCAGACAUCAACGAUGCCGCAGAAGACCCCUUCACCCUCAACAAUGACUACGCCUACACGCCGCGCAAGAAGCUGCGCGUCGUCACCAUCGGCGCCGGCUUCAGCGGCCUGCUGAUGGCGCACAAGUUCCAGCACCGCUUCCGUGAGAUGCGCGAGCUGGUCCAGCACACCAUCUUUGAGGCCCUGCCCGAGGUCGGCGGGACGUGGCUGGUGAACAACUACCCGGGCGUCCAGUGCGAUGUUCCCGCCCAUAUUUACGCCUUCCCCUUUGAUCCCAACCCAAACUGGGAUCGUUUCUACGCCUCUGGGGCAGAUAUCCUCGCGUACAUCAAGGCCACCGUCAAAAAGUGGGGCCUCGACAGGGACCUGCACCUCAACACCCGCGUCGUCGGCGCCAGGUGGCUCGAGGACCGGGGGCAGUGGCACCUGACCGUGUCCCACGCCGGUGUCGAGCGCGACGAGUACUGUGAUAUCCUCGUCUCGGCUCAGGGAGUGCUUGUGCACGAGAACUGGCCCAAUAUUCCUGGUCUGCGCGGCGAGGGGGCCGUUUUCAAGGGUCACAUCACGCACUCUGCCCGUUGGGACCACGAGUACGAUUACAGCAAUAAACGCAUAGCCGUUAUCGGCAACGGGGCCAGCGGCAUCCAGAUUCUGCCGCAGAUGGCCAAGCUGCCCGGCACCACAGUGACAAACUUCAUCCGCGGCCCUUCUUGGGUCUACUACCGCGCCCCGCCGUCCAAGCACCUGGGCCGGGAUAUUGAGGAUUUGAACCCACAGUACACAGAGGAGGACAAGGCCAGGUUCCAGGAUCCGGAAAAACACCUCGAGCACAGAAAGAGCAUCAUCUCGACGACCAACAGGUCGUUUUACAUUCUCAUCAAAGGCGAGAACAACAAGGCGGCUAUGAAAGUGGCCGCUGCACAGAUGGCGGAAAAGCUGAACCACGACGAGAGGUUGUGCGAAAUGCUAAUCCCCAAAUAUGAAAUGGGUUGCCGGCGCAUAACGCCGGGGCCGGGAUACCUCGAAAGCUUUAGCAAACCAAACGUGCACUUGACCAACAGUGCCGUGGUUAAGGUUACGGAAAAUGCCAUACAUACUGCCGAUGGCCAGGUCCACGAGGUGGAUGUCAUCAUCUGUGCAACAGGCUUUGACGUCUCCCACUGUCCGCGGUAUCCCAUUUUCGGCCAAGAUCAAACUGUUGACCUCGCCACCCGCUGGAAGGACUCUCCGGAUAGCUACCUGAGUGUCGCCGUCCCCAAAUACCCCAACUUCUUCCUCUUCAUGGGCCCGCGGUGCCUGGGAGGUGCCGGCUCGCUCGUCGAGUCGCUCAACUGGACCGGCGACUACAUCGCCAAGUGGGUCCGGAAGAUGGCGAUCGAGGACAUCAAGUAUGUCCACCCCAAGCUCGACAAAACGCUUGAUUACAUGCGUUAUGGCGACGAAAUGCACAAGCGACUCGUUUGGAGCGGCGGCUGCUCCAGCUGGUACAAGCGCGGCACCAAGGACGGCAAGGUGACUGCCUUGUUUGGCGGCGGAGUGCAGCUCUUCCUACGGCUGCUUAGCGAGAUUCGAGCCGAGGACUUUGAGAUUGUCUACCGGACGCAGAAUCCCUGGCGGUUUCUGGGCAAUGGCUUCAUCGAAUGGGAGUUUCAGGAUGGCGUUGACCUGUCAUGGUAUGUCGAAAAGGCCGAGGAUAUGGACGGCGAGGUCGCAAAUGACAAUAUCCCCCCUGUGACCAGGUGGGUGAGGACGUGAAUGGUCCAAACUUGCCUCAUGAAGCAAGCGCCAG